AUGCUACUUACCAUCAUCCAGAAAAUUAGCAGAGAAAUUGGCAUUUUAACUAUUCUACGCCAUAAAAACAUUGUACCGUUGUUGGGUACGGUGACAGGAUUUGGACGGAGGCCAGAGUUGCCCAGCCUAGUAACUCCGUGGAUUCCCAAUGGCACGUUGAAUGUCUACCUGACAUCUAAACAUAACGAUCUAUCAGCGCGGGACCGUUCACGUAUGUUGGAGGAUGUCAGCGCUGGACUGUGUUACCUGCACUCGGUGCCGGUCGUGCAUGGAGACAUAACAGGGGCAAAUAUACUGAUUGACGAGAGAGGCCAGGCGAAGCUAAUUGAUUUUGGUCUUUCUACCGUCCUUUACGGCCAGUCACACUUGGCUGCAACAUCGAUACAUGCAGGUGCGAUCCGCUACGCAGCACCAGAACUUCUAUCAGAUGAUGUCGGUGACCUACCUUUGGAAAAAAGUGAUAUCUACUCAUUUGGUUGUGUAAUGCUUCAAAUCCUCUCGGGUCGCCACCCUUGGUCUGAGAUCAAGUCUCAAAACUCGGAAUAUGGUAUUUAUGGUUUAAAGCGCCAAGGUCAUAGUCCGCAGCGUCCCAACGGCCACCCUGCAAUAAUGGAUUCAGAUUGGGACAUCAUUCAAAAAUGUCUGCAAUUAAAAUCUGAUCUUCGGCCUUCAGCAGAUGAAGUAUUCGACUUCGUCAUGCGUAGGCUUUGCUCAUCAGGUCAGCCUGCAUAG